AUGGCAAUCCCAAUAUUAUGUAUUGUUGCUAUAUUUAUUCAGGCUAUGUUUGCUGAGGGAGCGGUGAAGCUAGGGACAAGCCUUAGGCCCUCUGCUUCAGGCCAAGAGCAGUCUUGGCAAUCCCCGGGCAACAAUUUCAGUUUAGGAUUUCACCCAAGUGGAGACAGGGGACUCUAUGUUGUGGGCAUCAGCUUUGCUAACAUCAAUGAUUCAACUUUGGUAUGGACUGCAGGGUAUAAUGGCGGAAUUAAAGUGGGAGAAGGAGGGUACUUCACUUUACAGAAUGAUGGCAAUCUGGUUUUAAGCAAUGGGACACAAAUAGUCUGGCAGACAAACACAUCCAAUCUAGGCGUGGCAUCUGCAGAUAUGCAAGAUGAUGGGAAUUUUGUAGUGCAGAAGAGUAGUUCAGUCACAGUUUGGGACACCUUUGCAAAUCCUACUGAUAGUCUGGUGGUCGAUCAGAAUUUCACUGUGAAUCAAAGCCUGCGAUCGGGGCUGUACACAUUCACUAUGCAGCCCAGUGGGAAUUUCACGCUGAAAUGGAACAAUUACAUCACGUACAUGAACGAGGGUACUCCACUAGCUACCACAGCAUCUCUCACCAGCCAGGGAAUUUUCAAGCUCUCUAAUUCUUCAGCUGAUUCGAUCUGGGUGUCUCGGAGCGGAGAUUAUACCGACAAUUCUAUCACGGUGCGAAGAAUGAAGCUGGAACCAAAUGGGAAUUUGAGGUCCUAUGGAUGGAUCACGAGUUCAGGGACAUGGCAGCCGGGAUUGAGUGCUGUGGAAGACCAGUGCAAAGUAUAUGGAUGGUGUGGAAAUUUUGGGGUUUGUAAUAACAAUGGUACAGGUCCAUAUUGCGCAUGCCCAUCUGCAGAUUUUGAUCAGAUAGAUCCGAAUGAUGUCACAAAGGGAUGCAAGAGGCAACAGGAUAUAACACAGUGCAGCAAUAACCAGAGUAUGGUUCAACUGGAUGAUACAGAAUUCUUUUCUUACCCCCCAGAGUCAGAAUCAAACUCUGAGAUAUAUUACUUGGGAAUUCCAGAUUGUUGGCAGAACUGUCUCAAGAAUCCGAGCUGCACUGCAUCUACAAUCAUGGCUGAUGGUACAGGCACUUGCAGGAUGAAGACCAGCAACUUUACCAGUGCUUAUCAAACAGUAAGCAUUCCAGCCACUUCUUAUGUAAAGGUGUGUGGUCAAGGGAGGCCUCUAAGCCCACCUCCUCCUCCUGUCAGUACUGUGAAUGAGUUCAGGGAACCUACCGGUGGAAUCGUGUUGCUAAUUACCAUUAAUAUUUUGUAA